UGUUAAUUUUCCAACCAAACCUGUCUGAUUGAGGUGAUUUCUGCUGUUUUUGUGUUAUCCCCUGGGAAAUGUUUUCUGGUUUUCUUUUUUCGCCCGCGACUUGUUAACGUGUGCUGCUAAUUGGAAUUAACCAUUAGCCACGUCGUCGGCGGAUUCAUUAGCAACCCUUUAAAUGUGCAGCGGCAUCAAUCAGUGUCAUGCAGUUGUCCCUCGACCGUCGUGAUGGAUUGCCCAAAGUGGAUCCUGGGCGGCCUUUGCCUGAUUAGCCUGGUCAGUGGCGCAACGGUAAUUGAAUUACUGGGUACGAUGAAACUGGAAUCGGAAUUUGAGUACGUGCUGCUCAUGAAGAAUAGGAACUUUAGUUUGCCGGAUCAAGUUUGGAACGGCACUUCGUUGACGAAGGACAUUAUGGAUGAAGUGCAAGUGCCGGUCCUUCAAUUCAAUGAGAAUGUGAGCUACUUUUUGCACAACAGCAUCAAUAGACGACUAGUUACCCUAGGUUUUAUGAGUGAUGCAAAUCUGGACGAACACAGAGGUCUGCUCACAGCUCUGGUCGCGAAUCUUAGGCACAUGACCACGUCUGGAGUGAUUUUUCUAAUCCAAUCGGAGGCAUCAACUGAUUUUUUAUACGAACUGUUUAGGAAUUGCUGGCGUAAAAAACUAUUGAAUGUGAUCGUUGUUUUCCAGGACUUUGAGACUACCUCGACCUUCUACAGCUACUCACAUUUUCCCAUACUACAAAUAGAAGAGCGCAUCUAUGAGCCCAGUUUGCAAACUCUACCUAUCUUUCCCGAUCGACUUAGAAAUUUGCAUGGCUACGAGAUGCCCGUGAUUCUUGGAGGAACCGCACCGCGUAUGAUUGCCUACCGCAACAAGAAGGGUAAUGUGGUCUAUGAUGGGACCGUGGGUCACUUUAUGACGGCCUUUCAACAAAAGUACAACGUAAAGUUUGUGCAGCCUUUGCAAGCGAAAAAUCCUUUGGACUUUGCUCCAUCGAUGCAAACGGUUGGUGCAGUGCGAAAUGAGACCGUAGAGAUAUCCAUAUCCCUGACUUUUCCGACGAUUCCCCCUUUUGGAUUUAGCUAUCCGUACGAGCAAAUGAACUGGUGCGUCAUGCUGCCGGUGGAGGCCGAUGUGCCACCAUUUGAGUACUACACUAGGGUCUUUGAGCUAGCUGCUUUUCUGCUAACUCUGGGUACCCUGGUAAUGAUAUCCUGUCUCCUGGCCAGCACAUUGCGUCUCCAUGGCUAUGCAACUAACAUCAGUGAGUUCCUUCUCCACGACAGCUGCUUGCGAGGAGUACUGGGACAAUCCUUCGUGGAAGUUUUCCGAGCGCCCACUCUUGUACGGGGUAUUUAUCUGGAGAUUUGUGUGCUGGGCAUCCUGAUCACCGCCUGGUACAACUCCUAUUUCUCCAGCUAUGUGACCAGUGCACCAAAGCAGCCGCCUUUACGAUCGUAUGAUGAUAUUUUGGCCUCCAAACUGAAAGUGGUGGCGUGGAAGCCCGAGUAUGCAGAGCUUGUUGGUCGUCUCCUGGAGUUUCGGAAGUACGAGACCAUGUUCCUGGUGGAACCCGACUUCAAUCGAUAUUUGGCACUUCGUGACACGUUGGACACGAGAUAUGGUUACAUGAUAACCACGAAUAGAUGGGUUUUGAUCAACGAACAGCAAAAGGUCUUCUCCCGACCACUUUUCCAAAAACGCGACGAUUUUUGCUUUUUCAACAAUAUACCCUUCGGAUUUCCCUUGCAUGAGAACUCCGUUUUUAUGGAGCCGGUACAAAAGUUGAUCAUGGAAUUGGCCGAAACAGGACUUUACUUUCACUGGAUAACCACCGGUUUCUCGGAACUAAUAGAUGCGGGUGAGAUGCACUUUGUGGACUUGAGUCCUCAUCGUGAAUUCAGGGCCAUGCAGAUCCAGGAUCUACAGUAUGUGUGGUAUGGAUAUGCUUUUAUGGUAGUAUUAUCCUCGCUAGUUUGGCUGCUGGAAAACUUGUCGCACACGUUAAAAACUAAAACCAUUUUCCCAACACAUUUUAUGCAACGGAACCAAAAAUAAAAAGAGUUUCGUGGCAAAGCGUACGGCUUGUUUAAAACCCAUAAUAUGCGUAAAAUUAUCGUUUAAGACACUAAACACAUAAAUCGAUUUACGUUAGUUGUAAAGGCCUGCUACCUAAACGAAGGGAGCUCGUAGUUGUAACGACUACGGCUCGUGUAGUUUCACAGCUCCAGCUGCUUUAUGGUUAUUUGUCUAGCCAUCAAAUAUGACUUUCCUUUCGUUUCGCAUACCCCACUCCGGGUAUCGAAUGUUCCCGAUUUCCAUUGUGCAAAUAUUUGCACUGCAGCUCGCCGGCUCAGAGUUCAACAUCAAAAGCAAUUAAGACGCGUGCUUGCCGCAGUGGCAGCUGAACACUGAACACUGAACACCGAAUACCCAGUGUGUUUGAGCUCCCCCAAAGGUGCGCUGAUGUUAGCCACCUGUGCGACGGCCACUGGCGCCUCUUGAAAUUCCCUAAUCGACAUGUUUCGAUCUCAAACGACGUGGCCGGCAGUGGAGGCAUCACCAUCAGCGGUACACGCGACGUAAAAAUGGUUAACUAUCAUUUAGGCUUAAAGUGAUCAAGAUCUAGGGCACUAUACGCUAAUGACACCUUUCAGUUUUGAGAGGGAGGAUAUGCCA